AUGGAUUCCUGUAUCGCGCAUCAUCAUAUGAUUUUCCCGUUACCCUGCGUCACGAAGCAUACUCUACAAUCCGAUGUUCGUGAGGAGCAACCGGCCAUCCGAAACAAAGCAAGCAAUAAUGUCAGAGAAGAGAGUAAUAUCGCGACAAAUGAAAUCUGGUACGGGCUAAGAGAACACUGGUUGCCCAAGGCCGUCACCUUGUGCCUGGAUCUUGGCCACAAAAUAACGGGGCAUUCUGUGUCCAGUUCCUGGAUGAAGGAGCAAAUAUUAAGCUUUUCGCCAUCGACUUCCAUGAUUCACUGUAUGACAGAUACAUUCUUCGAAUACCAGAACUUGAAGAAGACCUGCCUCGCUCCGUUGCCAUCCUUCAGACACCUACCAGGUCACCCAUUGAAGCGGGUGGUUGACGGUCUAUCACAUACCCAGAAGCUCAAGCUGGCCAGAGAGUUAGGUCUACUGCACCUGCGCAUCGAGACUAACAUCAACGACAUCGCUGGUAGACUUGAAGUUCACCAUGGAAUCUACCUUCCAGGUAUUAAUGUCGCAGGAGGUGUAUUUACCCAACCAUUUGGCACGGAGCUCAGAGAGUACGAGGAUAGCUGUAUCGACUGGAGCCACACAAACAACGAACGACUCCCGCUCGCAAGACUUCGCCAUGAUCCUCCCGGCCUUACUGUCAACGAGAUAAUGCUAGCUAUCUACCAGCGACGUAUACACCAGGCACUCAAUAGAAACCCAGCGCUAGGAAACUUAGUCAAACGUUUCUAUGAUCCUUGUCAACGACUCGUUCAGGACAUGGUAGAUAUUGGACUUUUCAAGCCGCAAAACGAUGUCGUCUGCCUACAUCAUCCAGACCUAUUUUCCCGGAAUAUUAUGGUGGAUAUUACUUCUAAUGAUGACAUAUUUAUCACUGGAGUCUUGGAUUGGAAUGACGCUAUAUUUGCACCUCGAUUUGUCGGCCGUGUCUUACCUGGCUGGCUGUGGCAGCAUGCUCCAGCGUCCAAGUUUAGCAAAGCCAAUGAGGACCAUGAUGAACCAGUUCAGGAAGAAGCACACGCAAUCGAAGAAACCUAUGACAGAGGUGAUAACAUAAAUGUUCUAGUGAAUGGUGUGAGGGCCCCGGUACACUGUCACGAUGAAUCUGUCAGUGAGGAGGACGGCCAAUCACCAACGCGACACCAACUUGAAGAUUCUUCGAAUGAGUCCGACGACAGUGAUAGCAACACGAGCUACACUGAAAGCGAUGAUUUGGAAAAUGAGCCCCUCGAUGUUUCCGACAAUGAGGCAUUCACGUCGGAAGCAGAAGAGAUUCGACAGGCAUUCAUUGAUACCGUUGGUGAGGAAUGGAUGCAAGAGGCGACCGACAAACGUUUUCCAUUGGCCCGAAGACUUCUUCACUUUAGCUCUACAACAGCGUUUUGA